AUGGACCCAACAACAGAAGGAUUCGGGGUGAAAAUCUACGAAAUAUCCCCACGGCCAAACCUCACCAAGUACCCAUCAGCGCCAGCGGCGGCGGCCUCCAUCUCCGUCGUCUCCGACCUUCCACCGCCGCCGGGAGGCGGCCGGAGAAAACGGGCAAUGGCGAACGGGGUCCAAAAAACGCUCUCAAAAACCUCUCUACUCGCCAACUUCCUCCCCACCGGAACCCUCCUCUCCUUCGAAAUGGUCCUCCCGAGCGUCUACGGCAAAGGCGACUGCUCCGCCGUGAGCGCCGCCAUGAUCGUCGUCCUCCUCACCCUCUGCGCCCUCUCCUGCUUCUUCUUCCACUUCACCGACAGCUUCCGCGGCCCCGACGGGAAGGUGUUCUACGGCUUCGUCACCCCCGGCGGGCUGGCCGUGUUCAAGAGCGACGCCGGCGUGGAGAUCCCCAAGGACGAGCGGUACAAGGUUGGGAUCACCGACCUCGUCCACGCGGUCAUGUCGGUGCUGGUUUUCGUCGCCAUCGCGUUUUCCGACCACCGCGUCACUGACUGCCUGUUCCCCGGACACGCGAAGGAGUUGUACGAGGUAAUGCAGAGUUUCCCGUUGAUGGUCGGGAUCAUUUGCAGUGGAUUGUUCCUCGUCUUCCCCAACACCCGUUAUGGCGUUGGCUUCAUGUCCCCCUGA